UAAAAGACGUAUUUUUGGCCGACAAUAACGAACCCCAAAACUAUCUUCAUUAUUAUCUCUAUGUUCUCUACUCCUUUUUCUACUUAAAAAUACAUAAAAUAAAUACUAAAAUAACAUAAUAAAACAACAAAUCACCCAAAGGCCAAAACCUUCCCAUCCCAGACCAAAUUUUGAUGUAAGAACAUCAUCCAUCUCUUCUUUUUUUUGAAUGCAAAUAUAGCAUGUCCCGUUUGCAACUGGAGGAUUUCUAUUACAUGGCUGAAGACAUCAUCGAUGAUAUGGAUGAAGACGACUAUGGUAGAGCUGGUGGAGACAUGGAUGCCCAUGAAUAUGACAUGCUGACCAAGGUGACUGAUACAUCUUCUAGUCAAGCACGGAAGGGGAAGGACAUUCAGGGGAUUCCAUGGGAAAGAUUGAACAUAACCAGGGAAGAUUAUAGAUUGACAAGGCUUGAACAGUAUAAGAAUUAUGAGAAUAUCCCGGCCUCUGGUGAUGCUGUUGUCAAGGAAUGCAAACAGAUGGAAAAAGGUGGGAACUACUAUGAGUUCUUCCACAACACUAGAUUAGUUAAGCCGACAAUCCUCCAUUUUCAGCUUCGAAACUUGGUUUGGGCUACUUCAAAGCACGAUGUUUACCUUAUGUCCAAUUAUUCAGUCAUGCAUUGGUCAUCAUUGUCAUGUCAUCUCUCUGAGAUCCUUAAUUUCUCUGGGCACGUGGCACCUACUGAGAAACAUCCGGGAAGUUUAUUAGAAGGUUUUACACAAACCCAAAUAAGUACACUGGCGGUCAAAGACAAUUUUAUGGUUGCAGGAGGUUUCCAAGGAGAGCUUACUUUUAAGCACUUGGACAGAAAAGGGGUAGCAUUUUGUACGCGAACAACCUAUGACGAUAAUGCAAUUACAAAUGCUAUUGAGAUAUACGACAGCUUGAGGGGUGGAAUCAAUUUUAUGGCUGCCAAUAAUGACUGUAGCAUGAGAGAAUAUGAUACGGAGAGAUUUCAGCUUCUAAACCAUCUCCGUUUCCCUUGGCCAGUAAAUCAUACAUCAGUCAGCCCUGACCGAAGGCUUAUUACUGUUGUUGGAGAUAGCUUGGAUGGGUUGCUUGUGGAUUUGCAAAACGGAAAGACUGUAGCAACGGUGGUAGGUCAUCUAGAUUACUCCUUUGCAUCUGCAUGGCACCCAGACGGGCGCAUAUUUGCCACUGGAAAUCAGGAUAAGACAUGCCGUGUGUGGGACGUUCGAAACCUUUCAAGGCCAGUUGCGACUCUCAAAGGAAACUUGGGUGCCAUACGAUCAAUCCGCUUUUCAUCCGAUGGUCAAUUCAUGGUGGCUGCUGAACCUGCAGAUUUUGUUCACGUGUAUAGUACGUGUGCCGAGUACGAGAAAAGACAAGAGAUUGACUUCUUUGGGGAGAUUUCGGGAGUAUCUCUGAGUCCAGACGAUGAAUCUUUGUAUAUAGGAAUAUGGGACAGAACGUAUGCAAGUUUGCUGCAAUACAACAAAAGACACACAUAUGCAUACUUAGAUUCGUACUUGUGAUAAUGUCAACUGCGUGCUGUUGUAGUUAUGGCGCUCUCUUUUGUGCUCUGUUUUGUUUGUGUAGGGUGAUAUGAAUGAAGAUUAAAUAUUAUAUGACAGUAUAAUAAGUGUAUGUUGUGUUAGAACUUUUCUAGAAAGGUGCAUGUACAGUACAAUAUCAUCCUCUAAAUCAUAUGCUAUUUGUAUGAUCGAUUUUCUGUUCUUAAAUGUAAGUUAAUAAUUGAGUAAAAUUAACUUGCUUGGAUAUUCAAAA